AAUAAAUAAUUGAGAUUUAUAUUAUUAAUAAUAUUAACAUGAAGUAUAUCAGUAUCCUAAUCUUAUGUAUCAUUGCUGUGGCAGCCAAUGUGUGCCAGAACGAUACCCAGACGGCGGGAUCUCCUCUCUCUGGAAGUUUCGGAAUGGCCGGACUUACAUAUGUCUAUCUUUUCUAUAUUUUGGAAGACCAAGACAGUGAAUUGCUCUAUUUUAUUGGAUAUUUUGGCCCAUCUCCUCCACUUGACACAAUAAUCUACAAGUCGGACCCUGCCCUGGCCAAAGUGCAAGUGAUGACUUAUGAUAUCUACUGCAACUGCCGUUCCUACGCCAUAUCUCCGAGCAGGGAGUUCAUCUACAUCCAAGACGUGACAACGGCAAAGAUAUUCGAGGUCAGGACUUCAGACCUGAUCAUCUCCAGGGAAUUGGCAGUUAGCUCUACCUCAGUGAAUGGGAAUUCAAACAUGGAAGUGGGUGAAGGCUUCUUCUUCAGUGCCAUCAUCAGCUCAAUCAUGCACACUUGCAGAUGGGACAUGUCCAAUACCAAUCUCGACUGAUUCACUUUCGGGGUCAGCAAUCAGGCCAAUUUGGCCCCAAUCAGUGCCGAUCUGCUGUUCUUUGGAUCAACUGACACAGCAGCUGACCAAUACUACCUGGUGAACUACAACUUCUCUUCCUCCAGCCUGGCCUGGAAGAAGAGCAUUGCCUGUCCCACUUCGGGCUGAGUGAACAAAAUCAGCAACUCCCUGGUGAGCAGAGAUGAAGAGUGGAUCUACACAAUGGUGCUGUACGAUGCCAAUUUUAUCUUCCAAAAACUCAGCACCGCCGAUGGGAGUCCCCAAAGCUCAGGGCUAAUUUGGAACGACAGCGGGUAUAUACAUAGUUACUCAAUGAAAGAGUUCAGUGGUUUCAUUGCCGUCCAGCUUUACAGUAACUCGUUAUCAAAUCUAAAAAGGUUGAUUCUGGUCUCCCCCUCGGCCGCAGAAGUUUUGAAAGAGUACAAGUCUGUGAGCUCAAGGGAUUAUGCAAUCGGAAGGUUGUUAUACAAAGGCCAAGAACUAAUGUUUCAUUCUGGAAGAAUAGAACCUAGUUACGCAUUCUUCUUUGCAAGAUCACUCACAAGCAACAUUGGCCAGCUUUCUGAGUUUGAAGAAGACACUCCUCUGUUCAGCCCAAUUACCACUAACUAUCAAGUGUCUUCAACAACAUCAAAUCCUAGUCUCACCACAAGCACGAAGACUCUUACGAUCUCAACCUCAUCGUCCAUCACGACCACUGACAUCACGCCGUCUACCAAUCCUUCAUUUACCACGUACGUGGCUUUAUGGAACCAAGACCACCUCCAGACUGUCCAGAGCAACACUUCGGUGAAAUUGGAAUUCACUUGGGCCUGAGCUCAGUCAUCUAAUUACACUGGCAUCAGCUUCAGUCUGACCCAAACUGACUCCAAUGCGAUACCUGAGUGGGUAAAGUUAGAUGCAGACAAUCAAGAGUUGCAACUAAACACCACUCCCAAGCUGGACGCCAAAGAAGUCUUUUACUUUUCUCUGCAAAUCUCGUUCGACAGCGAAGUACAUUAUAAGAAAUUUAAAAUUACAGUAGAAGAGUGAUCAAUCAAGCACUGUGAACUCUGAAAACUAGGUAGUCCUAGCAUUUGAGAAGUCUGAACAGAUGGCUAUCAGAGUUCUGAUGAGAGCAAAUUUUGUUCCAAAAUAGUUGCCAUGACUGGAGCAACUGAAGCUGCUGCUGCUUUGGUGACAUCAAGCGUCAUACUGGCAAGUGCUUCGUCUAUCCUAUCAUUAUCGUCCAUAAACUCAAUCUUUAGCAUCAUGAACAGUCUGCAAUUUGCAGUACUGCUGCCUCUUGUUCCUGACUACUUUUCACCCAAAGUGCUUGACAUCUUGAGUGGAAUGGGGUUCGCAAUGUUCUCAUUCGACUUCAUUAAGUUUAAGGAUCUCCCAUUUGUAGAAGAUCUUACAGAGUGGGUGAAAUAUCCUCAGUCCGACGAGUACUUGAACAGCCUUGGAAUGAGGUCUGGGAGCUCAGUUGUCAAUUAUUUAUCACUAUUGGCCAUUCUCAUUCUUGUUGGAGUCAUUAACUUUGGAAUUUUUGUGUGUAAAAGAUGAACAGAGAACUCGAAACACACAAGGUGUAAGACAUUUUUCAAUAAGUUAUUCAAACUGUUGACUUUUAACAUCUAUAUUAGAAUAUUCAUGCAGGCAUUUGUAUUCACCACUCUCUCUAUCUUCUCUGAGCUUUAUAAUCUCAACCUUGCUACAACUGUGACUCAGAUAUCCUUUGGGUUGUGAAUAGUGUUUGCUAUAUGAACAAGUGUGCUAUUUAUUUUAUCAUUUAUAAUGUAUCGAGUCUCAUUCCCUCAGAUUAAUAAAGACAAGUAUUGGCCAUGAAUCGAGUACUUCAAUGGAAUCAAACCAACUAAAUUUUCAAAACUCUAUUCUAGUCUGUUUAUGUUGGUGAGAAUAUCUAUGACGUCAUUACUUAUAUUUGGUCAAACUGUUCGUUGAUAUGAGAAAGCCAUCUUCUUUUAUUUGAUAAGCAUUGGUUACUGAAUUUAUUUGAUCAUUGUCAGACCAUUCGAGAAUCCUCAGGACAAUCUCAUUGAGGCUAUUAACCAGACACUGUUUUGCUGUCUGGCAGUCCCUCUAUCAUGGCUGAAUACAAAACAAGACUGGACUUCAUUCUAUGAAAGCUAUUACACAACAGUAUUCAUGGUGACUCCAGCUAUUGGAAGCUUAAUAUGCCUUGGAUUCUUGAUAAAAUCAAUCAUAGUUUACAUGAUUGACAGGAAAGCCAGGAAGAAAAAGCAAAAUAUCGCUCCUAAAGAGCCCUCGCCUCAACAAAGAGCACCCCAAAAUCAAGAAGACCCUAGUCCAAGUCCUCCCCCAUACAUCAACAACGUUUCCUCGAGCAUGAGCAGAAGUAAUGCUCCGAUUGCACCUCCUCGAGUCCCUCAAAGACGGCCUUACGACGGAUCUGGCCCGAGAAGAUCUCCAAUGAGGAGGAAACUAAAUUAUCACAGAUAAUUAUUAAAUAAUAUUUCAGUUGU